CCACAGAUGCGCUCGAGCAGCGCUCCCUGCCUCUCCUGGCUCUUGGGAGGGUUAGGGGCUGCCGGGGCAGACGCGGGCCCUAUGGGGAACUGAGUUUCCCACAAGGGAGCGGACCUAGGAAGAGCCGAGGUGGUCUCGAACGGGGCUCGCCAGGGUCCAGCUCUAAGCCUGCUCCCCACCGGAAGGGGCCUGUGGAGCGUAGAGGGCUCUGGAUACGGGGUGGAAACCCUGGGAGAACCCUCUUGCUGGGUCUCUCGGAGGUCCAGCCAGAAACUGCUGCAAGGUGUGGCAGCUUCCUCGGGGUUGAGAGGGAGCCAGGCUCCCAGAGGACCUGAGACUGGGCAGAAAAGAACAGAAUCUCAGGGAUGACUGGCCCGCCCUGAUGCGAGUCAAGGAGGGGGGCGCCCAACCCCCUACACCCCUCUGAGCUUCCCUGUCCCCAGCCCCGCCGGCCAAGCCGCUCGCUACCCAUAAUCGGGGUGCCAGGACAAUGACUGCCUUGGCCCUCCCCGGGCAGGCUAAGAAGCGGUACUUGGCCCCUUCUCUCAGUCUGGCAGAGGGCGGGGCCUCCCUUUAGACAGCAGAUCAGAGAAGGGGGCCCCUGAUUCGUGGGAGGCGGGGCAUUACUGAGACCAGAGGUCGCCUCAGGUCAAAGUCCCUUUUACCACACAAAGGGGCCCCACAGCUGGCGUCUACGUUCGGGGGUGCAGAGCCAGAUCUGUGCUGCCCCCCGCCAACCGCGGAGUACCACAGCAUCUCCUGACGGCCGAGCGGGGAAACACCUCCUCCUGUUCCCCUCCCCGUCGCCCACCACGUCCCUCACACUGUCCCUUUAAGGGGCUGGCGGCGCCGCGGAGCGGGCGGGACUGUACCACCGGCCUCGGGCUGCAAGGGGGAACAUUUCAGGCUGACUGGCGCUUGUGACUGAGACUCCUAGAGAAAGCCCUGCUCAGAGGGGCCUUAGGAUUCCAGAUGGGUGGCCAAGUUCCUCUUCAGAGGACCUGGGGAUCUUCGCGCCCGAAACGCGGCACUGGCACCGAAAAAGGCGGAACACACCUUCCCGACCCGGUCGCAAGUCCAGUCCCGGGCCCACCUCCACAGUGGAGUCUUAAAGGGCCCGCGGGCCUGGGGGCGGAACCAGCAGAGGCGCUGAGCCGGGGCCGCGCCUGGGCGAACGGCCGGAGCGGGCUGAGCUGGGCCCGGGAUGGCGGUGGCCCUGGCGCGGGUCCCGGUCGCGCUCCGCGCGAGUUCCUGAGCUGGUGCCAGGCAGGUGACACUUCCUGCAGCCCCCAGCAUGCGGGUAGGCCCAGGCCCUGCCGUCACACUGGCCCUGGUGCUGGCGGUGGCAUGGGCCAUGGAGCUCAAGCCCACAGCACCACCCAUCUUCACGGGCCGCCCCUUUGUGGUGGCAUGGGACGUGCCCACACAGGACUGUGGCCCACGUCUCAAGGUGCCACUGGACCUGAAUGCCUUUGACGUGCAGGCCUCACCUAAUGAAGGUUUUGUGAACCAGAAUAUCACCAUCUUCUACCGCGACCGUCUAGGCCUGUAUCCACGCUUCGAUUCUGCGGGAAGAUCUGUGCAUGGUGGUGUGCCACAGAAUGGCAGCCUCUGGGCACACCUGCAGAUGCUGCGGGAUCAUGUGGAGCACUACAUUCGGACACCAGAGCCUGCGGGGCUGGCGGUUAUUGACUGGGAAGACUGGCGGCCUGUGUGGGUGCGCAACUGGCAGGACAAAGAUGUGUACCGCCGGUCAUCACGCCAGCUGGUGGCCAGUCGUCACCCUGACUGGCAAGCAGACCGCGUAGUCAAGCAGGCACAAUAUGAGUUUGAGUGUGCAGCACGGCAGUUCAUGCUGGAGACACUGCGUUAUGUCAAGGCAGUGCGGCCCCGGCAUCUCUGGGGCUUCUACCUCUUUCCUGACUGCUACAAUCAUGAUUAUGUGCAGAACUGGGAGAGCUAUACAGGCCGCUGCCCUGAUGUUGAAGUGGCCCGCAACGACCAGCUGGCCUGGCUGUGGGCUAACAGCACAGCCCUUUUCCCAUCUGUCUACCUGGAUGAGACACUCGCUUCCUCCGCCCAUGGCCGCAACUUUGUGAGCUUCCGUGUUCAGGAGGCCCUUCGUGUGGCUCACACCCACCAUGCCAACCAUGCACUCCCAGUCUACGUCUUCACACGGCCCACCUAUAGCCGCAGGCUCAGGGGGCUGAGUGAGAUGGACCUCAUCUCUACCAUUGGCGAGAGUGCAGCCCUGGGCGCAGCUGGUGUCAUCCUCUGGGGCGACGCAGGGUACACUACAAGCACGGAGACCUGCCAGUACCUCAAGGAUUACCUGACACGGCUGCUGGUCCCCUACGUGGUCAAUGUGUCCUGGGCCACCCAAUAUUGCAGUUGGGCCCAAUGCCAUGGCCAUGGGCGCUGUGUGCGCCGCAACCCCAGUGCCAGUACCUUCCUGCAUCUCAGCGCCAACAGCUUCCGCCUAGUGCCUGGCCGUGCACCUGGUGAGCCCCAGCUGCGACCUGUGGGGAAUCUCAGCUCGGCUGACCGUCACCACCUGCAGACACACUUCCGCUGCCAGUGCUACUUGGGCUGGGGUGGUGAGCAAUGCCAGUGGGACUAUAGGCAGGCAGCUGGGGGUGCCAGUGAGGCCUGGGCUGGGUCCCACCUCACCAGUCUGCUGGCUCUGGCAGCCCUGGCCUUUUCCUGGACCUUGUAGGGGUCUCCUGCCUAGUUGCCCAGCAGACUGGCCUCUACCACAAGGGCUCUCUUAGGCAUAUAGGAGCCUGCAGGGGGUGGACAAACUGGAGUCUGGAGUGGGCAGAGCCUGCAGGAUGCCCAGGAGGGCAUCUAUAACAGCUCGAACCCCCCUGUUCUAAGGGGGAGGGGAAGUCCCCUGGGAGGCCCCUUCUCUCCCUGCCAGAGGGGAAGGAGGAUACAGCUGGGCUGGGGAGGACCUGACCCUACUCUCUUGCCUUGGAUAGUUUAUUAUUAUUAUUUUGGGGUCUCUUUUGUAAAUUAAAUAUAAAACAACCACUUCUCUGCUUGGA